GGUUCAAUUUAGGACAGGGCGCCAUGUUGUGUCGCUCAGCGGUCGCUAGGCAACCUUUGUAAGACAAUGACAGAGUUACACCAGGCUGCAGCAGUAGGCGAUUUUGAUCGAGUCCAGGAUAUUCUUAGGCAAAAUAAAUGCAAUCCCAAUUAUAGAGACGUCGACUGGAGCUGCAAGACACCUCUUCACUGGGCAGCAGCUAAAGGACAUACAGAAACAGUUAAGAUCCUCAUUGAGCACGGAGCUCGGCCAUGUCUGAGGACGGAGCAUGGAUGGACACCUGCACACUAUGCUGCAGAGUUUGGCCGGCUGGCCGUGCUACGAUUGCUACACUCCCUUCAUGCCCCUAUAGACAAGGAGGACAGCUGUGGAGACAAACCAGUGCGGAUAGCUGAAAUAUAUGGACACCAGGACUGUGUUCGAUUUCUUAAAAAAGCGGAGAUUGAGAGCCAGGCCUACCGAAAGCUGGCAGCCCAAAAAGGGAUUCCUAUUGAUGACACCGAUGAGGAAUGGGCAGAACGGGGCAAAGAAAAUGAAGAAAACAGGAUCUCUAAAAGCAACAUUCGGAUGUAGACGCCUAGCUCACUUUCACACAACAAAAUGUAAACAAGAGUCACAUCCAUGCAGCUUUCCAUUUGAGAGUUUUUGUGUGGCAUUUCAGUGCAAUGAAAAACAUGCAGGCUAAUAUACAGUAUUACUUAAACCACUUUUCAUAUUAAUAGACUAUAAUGCAACAAACAAACAAAAAAAAAAUACAGCUUCAGAAUUUUUCAGUAGCCCUUUCUACUAAACAGUGGACUUUAACUUGUAUCAAAGCAAAAUAAACAACAAAGCAUAUCAGAAAUAGUCACAUAUUUGUGGUAUUAUGUGUAAAAUGUACUGUAAAUUGCUGUGGCUUAAGAGUGCACACAUUUGAAGCAAUUUUCACAUCGAAGUUGAGUCUAACUUUGUGGUGCUGUCGGUGCUGGAUGCAGUAGCCUGGACAGCGGAGGAGAGGGAUGUGUAAAAUUAAUCAAUUGUCACUGUGGUGUUUUGCAUCUGAGUUAGCCCAGUCAUGCACUUACCUUUUUCUUGAAAUGAUUCAGCAGUGCUUCACGGGUCUGUCAGAAAUGAAUAAAAACAUUAUUAAUGAUUUG